AUGAACGAUGGUUCGCCUACUAGGCUUGUAGCUCCAAAUCAGCAGGUAACUGCUCCAGAUGUUACAAUCUGCUCCCGAGAUAUUGCACAAAUAAGUCAUUGGCAACUUACUUCUGAUACAUUAGGUUCGGACCAUUUUCCUAUUCUUAUGUUUAUUCCUCUAUCUUUCCAAGUAUAUGACACAAUCUAUCCUAAGUAUAAGUGGAAUAUGAAAAAAGCCAACUGGAGUUUGUAUCAUGACUUAUUGGAAGAUAUUUUCGAUUCUACUCCAGAAUUUUACUCCACUCAAAGUAAAUACGAUUAUCUCAUUGAAAAGAUCAAUGAUGUUAGCGAGAUCUCCAUCCCUAUACUAAGGCCAUUUAAAGCUAAGAAACGGCCACCCCCUCCUUGGUGGGAUGAACAGUGUAUAAGUGCCAUAGCACAAAGGACCUCAGCUUUAGCAACGUACAAAUAG